AUGGCUUUUAAGUUCGUUGCAAUUUUAUGCUUGGCCACUUUGGUAGCAGCUGGUGAUUAUGAUUACCAAAAACCCAACAAUGAUUCCUACAGCAACAACAAUACUGAAGACAACAAUAAUUACUACAAUGAGGAUUCAUAUGCUGCAUCUGGCGACUAUCAAUAUAACAAUUUGAACUAUGGAUAUGAUGCCGCCGCACUCCCUGCCUAUUAUCCCCCGGCUAAAUAUGACUACAGCUAUGAUGUCAAUGAUCCCACAACUGGAGACAUUAAAUCUCACUCGGAAACCAGGGAUGGUUAUAAUGUUCGCGGUGUCUACAGUUUGAUUGAUCCUGAUGGUUUCAGACGUACUGUCACCUAUACUGCUGAUAGCGUGAACGGAUUCAAUGCUGUUGUCAAUCGUGAACCCAUAGCCCUUGAAGUAGUCGCUCCUGUGUUGGCAUACAAAUCCAUUGUACCCACCGCUGUUAAUACACCAGUAGUUGCGGCAACUCCUACUAAAGCUGCUGCACAAAAUGUUAAAUCGAGCAACGCAUCCGAAGUUAAGGAUAGUUAUUCUUCACCACCAGCAUCUGAUGGAAACGGUCCAUAUGCUUAA